UAUAAUCCAUCUAUCCUCAAUUUAUUAUCUAUAAUUACUAUCACUCUCUUUAUAUUUUUAUAAGAAUGCCUGCUCAAUUGAUGCCUGAAAAAACAUUUGCAAGAGUUCAUUCCAUAGCCAUGGAAAUCAAUCCUCCAAGCUUUACUAAAAGAUUGGAAGGGAAAGUCGCGAUUGUAACAGGUGGAGCUAGAGGAAUCGGAGAGGCAACAGUGCGACUCUUCGUAAGACAUGGAGCUAAAGUUGUUAUAGCAGACGUAGAAGACAUUCUGGGAAAUACAUUAGCAAACAUGUUGUCUUCUUCUUCAUCAUCAGUAACUUACAUUCAUUGUGAUGUAACAUCUGAAGACGAAAUCAAAAACUUAAUCGACUCAACAAUUUCAAAAUUCGGACACAUUGAUAUCUUAUUCAACAAUGCUGGUGUUUUAGGUAGUCAAUCAAGCCAAAAAAAGAGCAUAAUCAACUUCGAUCCAGACGAAUUCGAUCGUGUGAUGUCUGUUAACGUACGAGGAGCCGCGUUGGGAAUGAAGCACGCGGCUCGUGUGAUGAUCCCACAAGGGCAUGGGUGCAUCAUUUCAACGUCUAGUGUGGCCGGAGUCCUGGGAGGACUCGGGCCACACACGUACACGUCUUCCAAGCACGCGAUAGUAGGGCUAACUAAGAAUGUCGCGUGCGAAUUGGGACGGUACGGGAUUCGAGUUAAUUGUAUUUCACCAUUUGGGGUUGCAACAUCUAUGUUGGUUAAUGCAUGGAGUCAUGGAGAUGGAGAUGGAGAUGAAGAAGGAGAAAUGAAUAUUGGAUUGCCUAGUGAAAAAGAAGUUGAAAAAAUUGAAGACUUUGUGAGGAGUUUGGGGAAUUUAAAAGGGACAACUUUAAGGGCUAAAGAUAUUGCUGAGGCAGCUUUGUAUUUAGCUAGUGAUGAAUCAAGAUAUGUAAGUGGACAUAAUCUUGUUGUGGAUGGUGGAGUUACUACUUCAAGAAAUUGUGUUGGUUUGUAAUGUAUGUUUUAUUUUUUCUUGGGGUAAAAAUUUUAAUUCCUAACUUAGAAGAGUUAACAUAUAGAUUUAUUGGGUUGAAGUUGAUGUAAUUUCUUCCUUUUUCCUAUUUCAAAUUGACCGAAGAAGUUAAAAAGUUGUCAGCUUGACUAGUUGUUUUUUUUUUGUCUUUUUUGUGAAGACAAAAUUGGGAUA